CUGACGUGGGAGGAAUUACUAUUUUAUUACGUCAGAGUUCAAUAGCGUGGCAAAGGGGCAGCGAUGAAGAAAUCAUAAUGGAGCUGAUCAAGUACAGUCACGAGCUCUCUCUAAUCCCGUCUACAUCGCGCAGCUGCCCGCAGGGAGUCUCGGGCUUCCCCGCAGCACUCAGUACAGUCAGUGAGAGACGUUCACUCGCGCGGGUCACGCUCGGGCCAGAGGGCGCGCGAGUGGUCAACAGCAGCACACACGAAGGACCACUUAACGUCAAGCACAGAUGUCAUCUACGUCCUAAAGGUACUUGAGUGAGGAGACAUAAUGACGGAGGGUGCAGAGGUUCAUCCAACCCAGCCAAACAGGGCUGAUGCUGCCACAGCCGCUGUAACGCGGAGCAGAACGUCCUCUCUGCAGGUCGUAGAAACAGAUUCUGGGCCGGCAGAGACAGCCAGCUGUGAGUCAGAGGAGCCAGACCAACAGGAAGAGGAAUCCUCCACUUUUCCAGAGGUUCAGCAUCAUUCCACUGCAGGACCGGAGGGCAGCAGUGGUGGCCAGGUGGCGCCUGAUGGUGGCUGGGGCUGGGUGGUCGUUGCUGCUACCAUUCUGGUCUUAGCGAUGACUCUGGCUUUCCCUUCUUGCAUUGGGAUAUUUUACACAGACUUGCAGAAUGACUUCCAAGCCAGCAACACUGAGACCUCAUGGGUGCCAGCUAUCAUGAUGGCAGUGCUGCAUGCAGGCGGCCCCAUAUGUAGUGUUCUCGUGGAACGCUUUGGUUGCCGUGCAACAAUAAUCAUUGGAGGGAUCCUGAGCGGACUGGGAAUGGCAGCCAGCUCAUUUGCACAGACAAUGGUAGAGCUGUAUAUCACUGCUGGCAUUAUCACAGGAAUGGGAUUCUCUUUGUCUUUCCAGCCAUCAAUCACCAUGAUGGGCCACUACUUUGUGCGUCGCAGGGCGUUCGCCAACGCCCUGUCUUCCACUGGCACUGCACUCGGGCUGAGCACCCUACCAUUGCUGGCCAACUAUCUGCUCAGCAGCUUUGGUUGGCGUGGCAGCUUUCUGGUGCUGGGAGGGGUUCUGCUGAACUGCUGCGUUUGUGGGGCUGUGAUGCGCCCCCUUGGGGCCAAACCAAAGACAGAAGCCAGAACCGGACCUACGGGCAAUCACCACCUCAAAACCAAUUGCCUUUCUGUUCAUCAGGAAAGAGAGGGUCUGAAGGGCCGUCUCCGGGCCACUCUCUCCACCGUCAUGCCUUUCCUCCGCAGACAUAUGGCUUUUGACCUGCUGUGCAGUAACCCGUACUUCUGUGCCUAUGCGCUUGGGGUGUCCUGGAUGAUGCUGGGCUUCGUAGUGCCCCUGGUUUAUCUGGUUCCCUAUGCCACCGCAUACGGUAUGGAGCAAGAUCGAGCUGCUCUACUGAUGGCCAUCCUCGGAUUGAUCAACAUCAUCGUUCGGCCCGUGACAGCGCUGGUUUUUGGGCUGCCUCGUUUCAGAGGAAGCCAUAACUUCGCCUACCUGUUUGCCACGGCGGUGCUGAUCAAUGGGUUGAGCAACUGCAUUUGUGGGAUGUCGCCAAGUUUCCCAGUACUGUUGGCGUAUGUUAUAGCGUUUGGGAUUUCUAUGAGCCUCGUUGGCUCCUUGUUGUUCACCGUACUGAUGGACACGGUCGAGAUGAGCCGCUUCCCAUCCGCCCUGGGCCUCAUCAGCAUUAUGGAGAGCAUCAUGCUACUUCUUGGCCCACCAUUAGCAGGAAUCCUGGUUGACAGCACUAAGCAAUACGCCUAUGUGUUCUUCGCCUGCAGCAUAACCGGGUCCACAGCUGGUCUCUUCAUCAUGUUGUCCUUCUACUGGCUGGACAGACAGAAGGACAGAGAAGUUAAGAUCUCCUCCAUUUAUAAAGGCACUAAUUUACUGAAGCCAAGCAUUAAGAUGACCAAAGACUGUGAUUAUAGUCCAGUGCCUUUAAAUAGUAAGAAUGACAGAGACAUAGAGACUGAUGUGUGAUUGGGCUGCCAAGACACCACCUCGAGUACAUUUCACCAUAGGUUACUAAUUUUGUCCACAAAGUUCCUCACCCUUCUAGUCUUCUCCCAUCCUCUUAUUGGUGGACAAUCAGCUAUAUUUGCCAUUGAUUACACAGACAUAAAGCAUAAUGUUUCCUGGACUGCUAUAGUAAAUGGAUUGCACCAGAAUUGCAGGUCUAACUUUUCAUAGUCCCCUUUUUCUUUUUCUACAUGGUGCCAUAUGGAACUGUAAUCACUUCAGAUCCUCUCACAAAAACAUUUUUUAAAAUACAAUUUCAGUUCUUACUCUAGACUACUUCAUGGCCAGUUGCAAUUGAUGUUCAUAUUACUGUAAUUUAGAUUAUGAGAUUAGGUUGUUUUGGGAACAAAUGAAUAUAGAAAACAAAGAGAAUGUGUAAAGCAUGGUCAUGCAAUGAUUUUUUUUUUAAUUUCUAGAUGCCUUAAAUUAUAAAUUUUAGAUCUUAUAAAUGUUUUUUUUUUAGGUUUGUAUAGAUUCUGCUUUUUAAAAUCAGUAACUUAUUUAUAUAUUUGUAUGUAUUAAAAGAAAUUUAU